AUUCUUGUGGGCGGAGAACAAAUUUCGGUUCCGGGUGUUUUUACACUUCUCUCGAAGGCGUUCAUUUGUCUGAUUAUGGUCUUAAAUCAUAAAGUUAAAAAAAUUCACGAACAUUCACGGUAGAGAACAGUUUUAUUGAAAGAACAAACAGAACAUCAGCAAAGAUGACAACACGAUCAGAGAGAGAGAAGGCCCUGAAACUCAACGAGCAGCAUCAGGCCAUUCUGUCCAAAAUGCUGAGAGAGGACGACAACAAAUACUGCGCCGAUUGUGAGGCGAAAGGUCCAAGGUGGGCAUCAUGGAACCUGGGAGUGUUUAUCUGUAUCCGAUGUGCUGGCAUCCACAGGAACCUUGGGGUUCACAUAUCACGGGUCAAAUCUGUCAACCUGGACCAAUGGACAGCAGCACAAAUACAGAGCAUAGUAGAUAUGGGCAACUCCAAGUCCAGGCAGCUUUAUGAGGCGAACCUUCCAGACAACUACAGAAGGCCUCAGACAGACCAGUAUCCUUACAACUACACACACACACACACACAGACACGCACAGUCUCUCUCACACUCACUCACUCUCUCUCACACUCUCACACACACCGCGGUUCCCAAAAAGCUUCCCGUAACACACGUACUUGCCCCUUUAUAAUAUUGCUACAUUUUUUUCCCCCCUUAACCCCUGACCCCAGAGCAGUGGAGUUCUUCAUCAGGGACAAGUAUGAGAAGAAGAAAUACUACAGCAAAAAUGUGACCAAUGGACACAGCCCAAAAGACAAGGAGAGCAAGCGAGAGAAGGAAACUGAUAGAGGAACCAAGCUGUCAUACAAUGCCAAAAGUGAAGAGACCCGCCAUGCCCCCAAAGCCAGUCCUGUGAAGACAGCAGAACCUCCCGUCAACCUACUUGGCCUUGAUGCACCAACACCUGCCCCUGCUAACAACGGUAGUGCUGCUAGCACAGCAAGUCACGACUUGGAUAUCUUUGGCCCCAUGGUGUCCAACCCCCUCCCCUCAUCUAAUGCUGCUGCUCAUUUCUCUCAGGCUAGCUCCAGUACCCCAGCCAGCACCCCAACACAACCCCCAGCAGCAACCCCAUCCUCGGGCUCUGCCCAGGGAAACCUGGACCUGUUCAGUGAGACUGGUGGUGGAGGGGGCAUUAAGGGGGAGGACACCGGGGCCAAGAAACCCCUCUCCAAGGACUCCAUCCUGUCCCUGUACGGGAACACCAGUAUGCCUCAGAUGCCCCAGCACCAGCAGGCCCCGCCUGCUGGUAUGUACAUGAACCCCGCCCAGAUGCAGUUUCCAGUAGGCAUCCCCCAGCAGCAGGUCCCUGCUGGCUACCAGGCCUUCCCUGGCAUGGGCACAGGCAUGCCCCCCACCACCGUCAUGGGUGCCAUGAUGGCUCAGAACGGAGCUGCCAUGAUGGGACCCAACACAGGCAUGAUGGUUGGCAUGACGAUGCCCAAUGGUUUCAUGGGACAAGCGCCCGCGGCCGGGAUGGUUGGCAUGGCUCCGAGGAUGAUGGGGGUACCACAGGGGGGGAUGCCCGCGGGUAUGGUGCCCGCUCAGGGCAUGCAGGGGAUGUAUGCCGUCCAGCCUGGGCAGCAGGGCCACUGGAACAUGGGACAGAUGAACCAGCAGAUGUCAGGGAUGAGUCUGAACGGUGCCGGGGGGGCCAUGGCCUUCGGUCAGCCUGCCUCCACCAUGGGAGGCUGGGCCGCGGCACCCUCCGGUCAGACCCUCAGCAACCAGCUCUGGAAGUGACCACCCCCCACCCCUGGAGGUCAAAGGUUAGGGAUUGGGGGUCAGGGCAGCGGCAGAGGAGAUUGCAACCAGGGGGUCUGAAAUCCAACAUCCAACCCCCCCAGUAACCUUACUAUGAACUGAUGCCCGUUUUCAAAUUGAUACUGACCACUCUCCAACAUCGAGCUUAUCUGGCUGUUCGCAUACUGAAGCGAUGCAGCCUUGUUUCCUUGUUUCCUUCAGGUAAUCACAGAUCCAUUGGUGAUUGGACAGGUGAAAGCAAGGUGACCGUCUUAUUAGUCUGACUAACCCAAUCAGAUCAGUGAUUACUUCAAGGAAGGAAGGAAGCAUUUCUGCAAGUAUUCAAACGGGGCACAUCUCUCUCUUUCUGUCACUUUCUAUCCAUUGCGCUCUCUUUCCGUCUCUCUUUUGUGAGUAAAUUGGGAGUGCUCAUACACCAUCAUACGCAGGCUGGCAGUCAGUGCCUGUUACAUGUUGUGGAUAUCAUAACUCUUUUCAUUUUCCUUUUUUGGAGGGAAAAAAAACAACAACCACAACAAUGUAAACAAAUACAACAACAAAGACAUCAUCGACAACAUAUCGAAAAAGCUGCAGGACCAGUUACACAAGCUUUUAUUGUAUCAUUAUAAAAAUUAUUAUAGAGAAUUAAAGAAUAGUAUUUAAACUUUGGGAGAAGACAUGGCUAUAAUUUCUGUGAAUACUGCUCUCCUAUGUACAGCUCUGUAUAACAUUUUAAACUACAUGUGGUUCCCCUACAAAAUAAAGUAUGAUAAACCAA